AUGAUAGCACACAACAAGGGCCAUAUUGUUGCUGUGGGUUCGGUGCUAGGCUUGAUGGGAUUAAAUGGUGCUGCUGAUUACUGUGGUUCAAAGUUUGCCACGGAUGGUUUUAUGGAUGCUUUACGGGAUGAGCUGAAAUCAGAGGGUGUAUCCGGAGUGACAGCAACCACAAUAUAUCCAUACCAUGUGGAUAACGACAUGUUUGCCGGAGCCGCCACAAGGUUUCCAAAGCUUUUUCCAGCCAUAAAUGAAGACUACCUGUCGCAGAAAAUUGUCGAUGCUGUUUUGAGUGGCAGAGAGAGAAUGAUUGUGCCAAAACUCCUGUACCUAUCGGCUUUAUUUUACAGAAUCGCUCCAGUACCAGCAAUUACUGCAGUCAUGAAAUUUAUUGGCGGACACCAAGUUAUAGAGAAUAUGAAAGAACGUGGGCACAGUAAUACUUGUCGUGGCUGA